UAUUAAAACAUGUUUGUUUACAGGUAACUGUGAGAAUGAAUAGGCAUGGUUUAACAGCUGCUUGGAUGUGUGUUAUGAUAAUAAACAACUUCAAUUUGGAUUGUGUCCAAGCUUUUGGCAUAAGGUUAUGCAGGAACGUAACGGUCAGAGAAACAAAAGCGAUUGAUUUUUCAUACAAAGUUAGCGUAAAUAUCAGCGACGAAUUGGUGUUUAUUGUGACUGCGUCGUGGGAUCUUUGGAACCCGAAAAAUGUAUCACUGGAUGGAUUCCUUUAUUUGUUUCUCAAAGUUAAUAACCAGAUAAUGGAUGACAAAGUUUCCCUGCCUACAACAGACCACUGCAAUCCUGGUGCGAACCACUUCUGGGUGACAACAUCAAACACUUCUGUUUGUUCCCAAGUGGAGGGUUGUAACUCAACCUACCAGUGCCUAUGUGAUGUCAAUUGCCAGUUAACUAGGAGCACCCCACCAUGUAGGAGCUUGGAGUAUUGGAUGAGCCAGGGUUGGAGGAGUGUUCCAGGGCAUUACCGAAGUGUUUCAUUCAUUGUUGAAUAUUUUUCAUUCUAUGAUUUUGACGUCACACCUUAUUACAGGCAAUACAUAGGCAACAAUUCCGGCCAGCACCUUAACAGGUUAUACAGAAACCUUCCACCUCUCAAUAACUGUGCUCAACUAGUUCAACAGCAAAGUGGAAAAUCAUUCGCUGAAUCUCAAGACAUUUGCUGCAAUCUCACUCAACCUUUGGCUCGUAACAUUACAUUCUCGCAACCUAUACUUGAUUAUGUGAAAGACACGAUCAACAUCACAGUAACAUGGUUGCCACCCAUUACAAGGGACUUGCUAUCUUUCUUCAGUGUGCGAGUGGAAUUUAAAGACCCAUCAGAAUGGAUAUCACCUGGGCCAAGAACUGUUGGUUCUCCACAAAACAUCUCUUUCAAUUAUUCCAACGUAUAUCUUGGAGAUUGCGACUCUGACCUCAACCAUUUCUGGUCCAUUACUGUUACUGGAUUGAAAGCACAGUACGAAUAUUAUUUCAUGGUCACACCAAUAUAUUACGACACAGAGCUUGAGAUAAUGUGCAUGUCAAGUGCGUGUACUAAGAGGGAGCUGCUUUCUAUACCUGCCAUCAACCCUUGUGAUAAACAAUGGGAUUAUUGUGAUGUGAAUUCUAAUUGUACAUCGGUGGACAUGAAUGGUCAAACAUUGAACUCAACUUGUAAUUGUCAUCAGGGUUACCAUGGUAACGGAAUCAACAGGAAAAUGGAUCCUAUGGGAAACGGUUGUUCUGACAUUGACAGUUGUCGUUUAGGGGAAUACCCAUGUUCAGCCUCCACUAAUUGCACGGAUGACCCGCCGCCGUCAAUGGGGGUUACGUGUGUUUGUUUGGCCGGUUACUCGGGGGAUGGAUUAAAGACCGGCUCCGGUUGUCGUAACAAUGCUUUGUUUGUUCUCCAAAUUGUCCUUCCCAUUGUUGCUGUCAUAAUAGUGAUUGUUUGCAUCGUUGUGUGGAGACUACAAGUUCGACGGAAUCGAAAGAAUGACCUUCAGUGGUCACAGUUCAUCGCGAACGAGAAUUUCAGUAAUUAUUCAAUGCUUGUUAAAAACAUGGAUAAGGAAGAGAGCGACUGCAUUCCAACGUUCGGCUCAAAAUGGGAAAUAAAUCGUGAUAACUUAGUAGUCGGUGAAAUCUUGGGUCGCGGUAAUUAUGGGAUUGUGUAUAAAGGUACUUAUGAAGGGGAAACACCUACUGAUGUGGCCAUUAAGACUAUGAAAGAUGGAUUAAACAUGGAGCAAAACGAAAUUGAGUUUUUGACUGAGAUUGGGUUCAUGUUGAAUGUUGGGGACCAUCCCAAUGUGUUAAAAGUGAUCGGUUGUUGCACUACUGUGAAACCGAUAAUGUUGGUGACUGAGUAUUUGAAAUAUGGGGAUCUCCUGCAUUUUCUAUGGGAUGCAAGAGAGAUCACGAAAUGCAACAAAGACCCAGUGUACCACGUUACUGAGAAGAGCCUCUUCCUCAUGUCCGCUGAUGUUGCCACGGGGAUGGAUUUCCUCACGAGAUCCCGAAUCAUCCAUGGUGACCUUGCUGCACGGAACAUCUUGGUUGGAGAAGACUUGAGAUGUAAAAUAUCGGACUUUGGUCUCGCUAAUGAUGUUUAUAGGUAUGGAGCGAUCAAAGGCCAAUCAGAAAGAUGCGUUCCGUUCAAAUGGAUCAGCCCAGAGCGUAUGAUGUCAGGGAAAGUCCCUAUUACGAGCAAAAGUGAUGUUUGGUCAUUUGGAAACUUAAUGUAUGAAAUGGUAACACUUGGUUGCAUGCCUUUCCCUGAUGUUGAGUCUGAUGGUUUGCUCGAAAAGUUAAAGUCAGGAUAUCGAAUGAAGCAACCAUCAUCAUGCAGUGAUGAAAUGUUUUCCAUUAUGACGAAAUGUUGGAAAUGGAAAGCUUCAUCAAGACCAAGUUUCACCAACCUUAUAAAGUUGAUCGAUGAAGAGACGAAGAAACUAAAAGACGCAGAUUACGUGAACUUGGCACAGACAGUGGAUGAUAUUGAUAUUCAGGAAUAUGAAGUGGGAAUCACCAAACAAAAGAAAACUAAAACAGAUGACAUCGAGGUUGCGGAAAACAAAGAUCUUUUGAAGCGAAUAUUUAUCAUUAAUGACGACAAUGCAUUAAACACUGAAACAUCAUAAAAUUUGAUAUUUUUUACCUAAAAUUGUGAUUUUAUUUAUCUGUUGUCUUUAAGCAACAAGUAGUCUAUCUUUGCCAAAUCUUUUAUUUUAAAUUUAAAUAAAAAUUUUGCACUAUUUUUAAAGUUACAUCACCCACAAAGUUUCAUUCGUGGUAACUCAUAAGCGGACAUGAGGCGUAUAAAACAGAACACCCUUGUUAUAACUGUUGUUGUCCCGUCAUGCGAGGAGAAAUAAAUUCAUUGAUUCAUCUUUUAACGUAAGUGUUUAAGCCAAAUAUUUUUAUCUUUACGCGUAUUUUGGUUCCUUUUCUUGUUGUGAACUUGUGUUUUUUAACAUUUUCAAAAAUACAUGCCUUGUCCAUGUCAA